UAUCAAACUGGACGCCAUGUGCAUUGUCUGAUAAUUUCCUGAAAAUAAAAAUUGGUGGUGUAACAAAAUAAAUAAUGAUUUAUUUAUUGUUGACAAGUGAAAAGAUUCGUUGAGUUUUAACAAAAUUAUUUAUUAUUAAAUAAUUGUUAAUUUUACAAGUCACGUGGUAGUCUCGUCGUGGUGUCUUGGAAUUAUUUAUUCCAAUCGCGUGAAAAAUAAUUAUAAUAUUUAUGUUUUGCAAAUAUUAAAAAUAAUUAAAGUAACUAACCUCAAAAUGGACGACUUUUACGACCCGGACCUGGAGGCGCGACUGUACGCGGAGGUUCAUUAUACAAAUGACUCUUACUCGGAGGCGAAUAUUGACCCAAGAGCGCUGGCACCAGAAGGCGAUGUCCCUCCUGGCAGUAUCAGGUCUUAUGCUAAGAAGACGGGGAUGAUCCCGAAGAAGCAUCGCGCGCUGAUUGACGGCCCCAGGACACUUGGAAGUCAUCGGAUGCAAGAGCCAGCUCCCAGGCAGGAGUUUAGGUCCAAUCAAUCUGAUCUGACAAGAACAAUCCCUUCUUUAUUCAGUCUUGAUCCAGCUAUACCACCAGUACCUCCAAGAUUUUCAUCACCCAACCCUCCAAGAUUUACAUCCACAAACCCUUCAAGAUUAAAUAUACCAAUUUCAUCAAGAUUAGGCCCAUCAAUUUCAUCAAGAUUAGGUCCACCGAUUUCUCCAAUUCCUACCGGAUUUACUCCCUUGGAUUCCAACCGACCCAAUAUUUUCGGCAAUUACCCGCCAGAUUAUCCCAGAUCUGGACACCUGCUAGAUCCUACAGCCAUUAGCUUCGACAAUUCCAGACUGCCACCCUACAUGUACAACCAAGCUCCAAACUUCCAAUUGAAUCCUUACGCAUCAGACAACUUCAAUCAAAAUCUCCUGGACCCUUACUCGUCUCCCAGACAAGAUUUGCCGCACUUCAACCAGCCAGAUUUCAUCAGAUUGACCCAGUCGUCGCCAAGCAGGAGCAAGGCCCAAUCCAGGAAAGAUUCUCACAUGGCAAAUCUGAAGGAUUUUGCCAAGAAAGUUCGCAAUCGACGGAGAAGAGAGAGAACAAGAAAGAACCGCAAGCUUUUUAAGGGAAAUAAAAACUCUAUUGUUGAAACCAAUUCGUCUACGCCUCGGAAGAACCCGGACCGCGCUGCAAGGCAUCCAGAUGUUAACAAAUCUAGUGAUGGGACCAAAGACGUCGUUAAUUUGAAUGAUUCUAUUGAGGUAAUUGAGAUUCAGGAGUCGGCUAAUGAUAAUCUGACGCAAUCUAAUCUUGGGAGUCAGGUGAGAAAUGAUGAGAUGAGUCAAGGCGAGUCUGUUGAUGAUUUAGACGAUUCUGAGGAGAGUUUAGAUGAAUCUGAGGGAAAGUUGGAUGAUAAUCUUGAUAAAUCUGGUGAUAACUUGGAGAAAUCUGAUAAUAGUGACAAAUCUAAGAAUUUGGACAAGUCUGAGGAAAAUUUAAAGACUCCAAAUAGAAAUUUGGAUAAAUCUGACAAAAAUUUAGACAAAUCUAGUAAAAAUCUUGAUAAAUCUAAUGACAAUUUAAAGACACCGAGCAAAAAUUUGGAAAAAUCUGAUCAUAAUCUUGAUAAAACAAAAAAUUUGAAUAAAUCUGAUGAAAAUUUAACACCGAGCAAAAAUUUGGAUAAAUCUAAUAAAAAUCAAGAUAAAUUUGAUCAAAAUUUAACACCAAGCAGAAAUUCAGACAAAUCUAAUAAAAAUCAAGAUAAAUCAGAUCAAAAUUCAACACCAAGUAGAAAUUUGGACAAAUCUAAUAAAAAUCAAGAUAAAUCUGAUCAAAAUUUAACACCACGCAGAAAUUUAGAUAAAUCUAAUAAAAAUCAAGAUAAAUCUGAUCAAAAUUUAACACCAAGCAGAAAUUUAGACAAAUCUAAUCGAAAUUCAGAAAAACCUGGUCAUAAUAUUGUCAAAUCUAAAACUUUAGAACCACCAAACAAAAGUCCAGAAAAAUCUAAUGGAAAUUCGAAGACACCAAGCAAAAAUCUGGCUAAAUCUAACCCAAAUCUUGACAAAUCUGAUCAAAAUUUGACCAAAUCUGACGAAAAUCUUGACCAUUCCCAAAAAUCCGUAACUCCAACUAAAGAUCCCGAGAAUAAAGACCCAAAUCUGAUUUCAAAAUCAAGACUCGAGCCAUCAUCGAAAGACAACAACUCAAAGUACAACAUAAAAUCUCCCUCUAAAUUUUCUAAAUCAAUGGCGACGCUGGAUUCUUCAUCAGACUCAGAUUCUGACGAGUCUAUUUUCGAAGUGCCUGUUCCGCCUAAACCAGCUCCGCCGCUAAUAAAUCUCAACGAUAGUGACGAAUCUGAUGAUUCUGACAGCGAGGAAGAUUCCCAAGACGUUCCUUCUAAGAUUAAUCUCGAAGAGGAUGAAAAUGAAAAUGACGAUGAUGAUAAUGAAGAAGAAAGUUCUGAAAAGCAGAUCUGGGACUGCGAUGAUGAUGAUGACGAUGAUGAAAAAGAAGAAGAUAAUUCUAAUUCUGAGAAGCAAGUCUGGAACUGUGACGACGAUGACGACGAUGAUGACGUUGAUGAUGAUGAAGAGAAAGAAGAAGACAGAAUUGAGGCAAAUUUUGUGCUAAAUUGCUCCCAGGUCCAGAAAGCUGUUCCAACUUUGGAGGAACUAAAGAAAGUCAAUCUGACAAAUCUGGAGGCUAAGGAUGAUCCCAAGGUGUUGGAGACAAUUACUGACACUACUGAAGCGACUGCUUCGACGACGACGACGACGACGACAAUAAUUACCGAGGACUCGGGUGAUAAAAGCAGACAAUCUGCUCCAAAGAAUUUGGGCUCGGAUAAAAAACGACCGAGGGAUGAGAGCAGAAAUAGGGACGACUCUCUCAAGCCGAUAAAAGUUCCUAGGAGUGACAAGAGCAAGGAUAACACCAGCUUUGAAGAAUAUGUCUCGAAGCCAAUGCCCGUGUCGUUGAGAGCUUUUUAUACUGACUACAGAAGCAGCGGGUGUAUGAACGAUGUCAUGGAUGUCCAACAUAAAAUGUCGAGGAAUCCGAAUCUCUGGGCGAUUCUAGACGCUGAUCUGGUUUGUCGUGGAGGGGACAAAAGGCUCAGGUGCUCGUAUUGUCAUCAGCCAGGACACAAGAGGGAAAAUUGUCCGGAUAAGAGGAAACUUACUUUGUGUCAUAUGUGCGGAGAAGGAGGACACUCGGAGUCAAGGUGUCCUCAGAGAAUGUGUCUUACCUGUGGAAAGAAAUACUCAUCUUACCGCAAAACCUGCGAAUACUGCCGUAAACUCCAGUGCACCCUCUGCAAAAGCGUGGGCCACUUGAAAACAAACUGCCCGGACCUCUGGCGUCGCUACCACCAAACAACUACCUCAGAAGGGGUAAACAUCCCCCCGGACUUACGUGAAGUCCUCAAACCAUCUCACAAAUUAUACUGCUGCAACUGUACUCGUCGCGGCCAUGAAAGUUCCACCUGCAGCAGGUACCGUUGGUCUUCACACUUUCCCUCGCCCAUAUCCGUCACCAGCUACACCGAGGGACCGAGCUAUCCAAUCAGAGAAUCAGUUGAAAUUCCUCCAGAAGCUCCAAUUGCUCUAGAAGCUCCAAUUCCUCCAGAAGUUCCAACUCCUCCAAAAGUUCCAAUUCCUCCAAAAGUCCCAGAUCCACCACCCCGAGAAGAAAUCCUGUUCCACUACCAAAACUACCGAGUAAUCCCCGAAGACUGGUGCUCAGACACAAUAUACCCUUUGGAAAUUCCAAAUAUUUCCUAUAACCUGGAAAGUUCCAAGCACCAGGUCCCAAAGUUCCUCACCAAACACUUUCCCGAAGAGUGUCAUUGCUACAUCUACGUCCACAUAAAGCUGACGGUUCCUGACAAGCUGGUAGUGGAACUUAAGACACCUUCAGCGCCAUCUACCCUGGAACUCAAGAAGUUGAUGAUCCAGUGGAUGUCCAGAAGAAAAGAAGAUCGGAAUAAAAUGACGUUGACCCCACGGCUUCCUGUUAACAAAGCUCUUCUUUUGAAUGCCCUGCUCGACAAGUUCUACGAUUUUAUUACCAAUUCGUCUCUUCGAGGUCUUCUCGCUUACGAUUAUGAACUUGAAGAAAGGACCAACUCUCUCGGUUCCAAGAUGGAAAGCUGCAGAGUAAAUAGUAUUCAAGCGUCAAAAUUCAAGAAUCGGUUAAGAGCAGUGGAACCACGGUUCUCCAAAAAAUUACUUUGUUCUCUGUAUAAUUUCAAACUAGCGCCAUCUGCUGAAGCGAUUAUCAACGACUUCCACAAACUUCUUAAUUUAUUAUCAUCAGACAACGCCUGGGAGGGAGACCACGGCCGAGAUAGUCUUGUUCCACAGGCGAUGUAUAUGAACUUUUGCUGGUUCAAUUUUGAGUUGUUUACUCUUCACCUAUCUGACUACAUUGUUCAUGCCAAGAACUUGUUCUUGGAACGGGUCGAACAGUUAAAAAUGAGGAAUAUCAAGAAACAUCUGUGGGCUCAAGAAAUGGGCUUGAAAUUGAUGUUCAACAGGUCACAACGGGUCAAUUUCUUGUCUGAGGGAUUUAAGCCGGGUGUUUUGAAGCCUAAUAAGUGCAAGGAGCGCCAUCGUCAGUUUGCUAAGAGUCUGCGAAUUCGUGCUAAUGCUAGGACCAAGAACAAACAGAAUAAGAACAAAAAUAACAGUAAUGAUUCCAAGAGCAGUGAAAGUGGCAAUGAUGAUUGUUCCAGGAACAAUGAUAGUUCUCAGAACUUUGGUGGUUCUGGGAACAAUGACAGUUCCAAGAACAUUAGUGGUUCUAGGAACAAUGAUAGUUUCAAGACCACUGGUGGUUCUGGGAACAGUGGAAGUUCUAAGAACACUGGUGGUUCUGGGAACAGUGGAAGUUCCAAGAACAUUGCUGGUUCUGGGAACAGUGGAAGUUCCAAGAACAUUGCUGGUUCUGGGAACAGUUAUGGUUUCAAGAAACCCAAAGAAAAACCUACUUCGCUUAUUGUUGAUGGUAAAAUAAAUUUGGAGAUUCUGCAGAGGGAAAAACUUGCCUGCCGAGCUCAGGCUGCUGUUGAUUUGGCGAAAAAACAUGGAUUGAGGGAUUAUGCUGACCGAGCUGAGCUGAUGGUGAAGAAGAUUAAAAAUGGCGGAAUGGUAAAAAAGAACGCCAUUGAACAGCUGUGGUCAUUCUUGGUGAAAGAGCUCAGGGGGAACAAUAUCAAUUUCCAAAAUUAGACCCACGAAGUUUGAAUGGAGAACCUGGAGAUGCUGGAGGUAAAUUUUGGAUGGUUGGAUGUUUUAUGAUUGCUGGUAUUUAUGAAUGUUAUUUACUAGAAAAUUUCUUACUACAAAA